GAUGAACAUACGGGCAAUUUUAAAAUGGCUGCGCCCAUGAAAGUAAACAUGAACUCAAAGUCAAAGCUGACACUUUAAAUAUAUGCAUUGUUAAGUAAGAAUAUGGGGGCUGAAGUAAGCAAAGAUGCCAAAAAUUCCAAAGAGCCACAAGGCCUAGGAUCUCUACGAACGACCUCGUUCUUCAGAGUCGUUAAUUUUGAACUGUUUGCCAAGCAGAAUAAAUUUACCAUGUCAAUGGGAUCAGUGAUGUUAAUUGGAUGUAUAUCAUAUAUUGUUUACAUGAAUGUGACAGACAGUAAUAGGAAGAAAAGUUAUACUGCUAUAAACCCUGAUGGCACUUUAGAAAGCCGUGUACGGACUUCAAAAUGGGAUUGACUGUUAAACAGAAAUCGUCAUUUACAUUUUAUAGGGGCUUUAAAGAGUUUAUUGUUUGUUAAUAAAAUUUUACCUUUUUAAAA